AUGGAGUGUGCAAAUGAAACAGCACCCACAGAGUUCGUCCUCUCAGGGUUCCAAUACCCACCAGAAAUGAAGGUCCCUUUGUUUCUCUUCUUCUUGCUCAUGUUCCUGCUGACCCUGUCUGGAAAUUCCCUCAUUCUCUGGGUGGUGGCUUCUGACCUCCAGUUGCACAAGCCCAUGUACUGGUUCCUCUGCCAUCUGUCCAUCCUGGACAUGGCUUUCUCUUCUGUCGUCGUCCCCAAAGUGAUUGCAGGAUUCAUCCCUGGUGGAAAGGUCAUCUCCUUCACCAGUUGCGUCUCUCAGUUAUUUUUCUUCAACUUCCUUGGAUGUGCAGAAAGUCUCCUUUACACCUUGAUGGCUUACGAUCGCUUCCUGGCUAUUUGUAAGCCUCUCCAUUACAGCAACAUCAUGAAUGGGAAAGCCUGCCUUGGCCUCUCCUUGGGGACGGUGAUUGGAGGCUGCCUGAACUCAAUUAUACAGACAACCCUCACCUUCCGUUUGCCAUACGGGCAAAGAAAUGAUGUUGACUAUAUCUUAUGUGACAUCCCUGCAAUGCUGAAGCUGGCUUGUGCUGAUACAGAGUUCAAUCAGAUGAUGGUGUUGAUAGAUAUUGGCAGUGUGGCAAUGACUUGCUUCCUCCUUAUCUUGACCUCCUAUGUCUACAUCAUCUCAGCUAUUUUGAGGAUCAGCAGCAGGGAAGGGCGUCGACGGGCCUUCUCAACCUGCACAGCCCAUCUCACUGUGGUGGGAAUAUAUUACCUACCUGUGGUUUAUCACUACCUGAGGCCAGCUUCUCAGGACUCCAUGGAUCCUGUGGUUUGUGUGUUCUACACCACAAUAACCCCAUUUUUGAACCCGCUCAUAUAUACACUUAGAAAUAAGGAAAUGAAGACUGCUGUGGUGAAAAGGUGGGGUGGGAUUGCCAUGUAA